GCAGUGGUGAGUAAAAUCUGCGAAACGUGUUAAAACGUGCUCGUUUACGUGAAAUUGUGAAAAAAUCGAGUCAUAACGUGGAAAAUUCUGUAAAAUUGCUGUUUAACCGAUACAAAUUGAGUGAAAAAUUAAAACGGGGAAAAUUUUGAUUGAAAAUCACCCAGCCGAAAGCGUAAACUACUGCUCAAAAUUUGGUAAACAAUAAUUAUUAGUGCUACGUACCUAUACGGCUACUGCUAACCUUGAUUUGCAUUGGAUUUCUUCCGCGUAUCAAGGAUUGAAUCCAAUUUGGCCAUGAUAGAAUGUCUGUCACAGCGGAAAAGCGUCGUAUUUCAUCUAUUUUAAAACCGUACCCCAGCUUGGAAGGAUCGAAGUUGAAUGCGAGCUUGUCGCAGAAGAAGGUCCUAUUCGAUGACCUCUCGGUCGAGUCGGUGCUCCAGGAUGCGCUGGAAAGCAAUCGGCUGCAGCGUUUCGAGCAUCUAUUGGCCGCGGUUAAGGAGGAACAGUUUGACGACGGCAAGUUCCAGCAGGUUUUCGUCGAAUCGAAACGAUGCGUUUACAUGUUGAAUUCGAACUUCGGAAUGCUGGUGGAGGCUCUCCUGUCGGUGAACUGGCUGGCGAGAAGCGAAUCGGCUCAGGAGAUCUAUAUGGAAUUUGUGAUAGAACUGUUGGUAGCGCACAGCAAUUACACGUCACUGGCUGUGGCGAAGCUGGUGCAGCAGUUCGUACCGAAGGAGGAAGACCGGACCGGGUGGACUCACGGGGUGCCGAGCGAAGAGGUGUCGAAAGUUUUUGCUCCGGUUCAUGAUUUGAUCGCAAGGCUAAAGAAUGUUAUUCCGAUGAUAUUCAAUGUGAUACUAGUGCAGUUGAGGAAGCAGUUUCCGUACUUUAAAAAGUCGUCUCAUGUAAUAUGCGGCUACUUACAUAACGUGCUUUGGAUGACUGAACAUUCGUCGAUGUUCUCGGAGGAACUGUUGGAAAUUGUCUUCAAUCGGUUGCUUACAAUAGAUGUAAAUACUCCGCGAAAUGAGAUUGAAGAUGCUGAGUUUCCGGAAGAUGACCAUCAGAUUUUUACGAUGGAUGAAGACCCGAUGGGAUUGAUCGAUGAGGAAUUAGGAGAUGAUGCUACGAUGAAGCUACCGAUUGCUGAAACCCUGGAUUGUUGUAUGGAAAAGAUGUUCGAGUACAUCCAGCGACGGGCAACAUCCGUAAAUGCAAGCGACGCAGAUAGAAUGUUCAAAGUUCUGCUAGCUCUGUUCGAUAAUCAUAUUCUUCCCACGCACAAUACGCAUCAUGUGCAAUUCCUUAUGUUUUAUUUUUGUAGUUUUAAACAAUCUUACGUUGAGUAUUUCAUAACGUAUUUGUGGAAGCAAGUGAUUAAUCCUAAUGUUUCCCCACCGAUGCGCCAGGCGGCCGUCGGUUACAUUGCCAGCAUGCUGGCACGUGCAAAUUUUGUUCCAAUAAUUCUUCUUAAGUCCACUCUACAAGAAUUCUCACAAUGGGUGCACCACUACAUCCAACGAACGGACUCGAUGCAGUACAAUCAAUCGCUGAGAGCCCAUAUGGUGUUCUAUUCGGUUUGCCAGGCCAUUUUCUAUGUGAUUGCAUUCCGCAGCAGACAGCUCACAUCCAGUGCUAAAAAUCUCAUCUUCCUUCAAACCCUGCAACUGUCCUCAAUCGUUACAUGCCACCUUAAUCCGCUUAGAGUGUGCCUCCCGGCAGUGGCAACCGCUUUUGCUGGAGUAACCCGUGCCCACCAGUUGGCCUACUGUCACACGAUCCUGGAACGGAACGCACGGCGAAAACUGGCUACCAUCUACAAAAACGAAUCCCAAACCCCGGAAGAAUGCCUGGACACUUUCUUCCCAUUCGAUCCAUACAUGUUGAAGAAAUCCGGCAAACGAAUCGAGCCGAUUUUCCUGCAAUAUCAAGCGAGCGAGGUGGAAGAGGAUCACGGAAUCAGUUCAUCGGAAGCUCGAGGCAGAAAGCGCUAUGAGUCCGUUUCGGAAGAUGUGGACGAUUUCAUUCACGAGAGCAAACGACUGAAGAAUGGUGGCCCGGAAGGGGGUGAUAUGCACUUUACCUACUCCUACGGCGUAUCUCCCGGAUUUCAUAGCUAGGUUCGAUACAAUUCGAAAAAAA